AUGGCUAUUCAGAGCGUUUGGUCCUUGGACACUGGCAAUCCCUCGCAGUACAGUCAGUUUGGAAUCAACGUACUGAAGAACGGGUGGGCAAUGGCAGUUCAUACAUGUCUAGUCUGGUCUGCUGGUACAAUAUUUAACACGUUGGUCUGGUCCUCACUCGUUGGUCGCAACCUUCCUAUUAGAACUGUCGAUUCGGCUUUCCAGUUACCUUCGCUCCUUCCGAUUCUGCAGAUCAUGUUUAGCUCUUCGAUUAGAUCACUUCAUCGCCCUAUCUACUGGUCAGCAUGCCUUGUUACGUAUAUACUUGUGACCAUCACUCCGCCGGCCGCUCUUGUUGUUCGACCAAUGAAUCUCGUUCAGACUGAUCUUCGCGUGCCUAAUAUCAAUUUCUCCGCGGAUCCUCGGCUAUACGCGGUGAUGAACGAGACUUGGGGCUUCGUUCGGCCAACGAAUCAUCUUCGUCGUUUCAUGCGAAAUAGGAUCACUGCAAAUGAUAUUCUGGAUUGGCCCGCGACUCGACAGUGUCGGUAUGGAUGUGAAUAUAAUACUACUUAUUUCGCACCCGGCCUAAAAUGUGUCGAUUACACCCCCGAUCCAUCUGCUCCAGAGCUCGGACGAAAUAGAACCUAUCGAGGGAGCUUUAACAUUAUGGAAAAUUAUUUGAGCCUAAACGUGACUGUUUGGCCAUUAACCAAUGGUGUUCAUCGAGUGGGAGCAUACAAUACCACGCCAAUAGGCACGCGCUGCACCUUCCAUAACACCUCAUAUACUGCAGCCGUCGAAUAUGGAAUGAAUCGACAGUACUCUAGAAUCUUAAACAAAACAGUGCUCUCAGAUCAAACUUUUGUUGGAUUGCCUCUUGGCUUCGUGAACAGCUAUUUGUGCCCCCGUUCUGUUUCAUGGAGCUUAUCUCGUCUUGAAGAUGUUCCUGGCUGCGCCAAAGCCCAGAUGAAUUCAUGGGCUUUCAUAGACGCAUUUUCACAGACGAUUUCUGGCACGAUAGUUAUACAUCCUCUCUCAAUAGGGCCCAUUUCACAAUAUCCGAAUAAUGCCUUAAUGCCCAACCUUGACCGCCUUUUCAACGUUGACGAGGACUCCAAGUCAUUCAACCUUGCGCCUUGGGCCCAAGACCUCGGCCUUGGAAACGCUCUAGAAGCUCUUUUUUCCAACGCUACUCUAUCUUUAACUAGAGAUGCGUACAACCAGAAUUGGACUACGGUAACAAGGGAAGCUCAUGCCGUGCCGUUUGCGAACCAAUACGUGUAUGCGCCUCACCAAUUAUGGAUCGCCUACGGUUCCGCCUUGGGGGUAACCUUUAUAGCUGGGUUAUUUGCGUACCUCUCAUGCGAGGAUGACAGCGUUCCCAGCGACGAAUCAAAUCUGUCGAGGAUUCUGACUGCGACAAGAGAUAGAAGCUUCAAUAGAAUAGACGGGUUAAGUCAGCGGGAAGUCGAUGACGUGGUUAUCAAGUAUGGUGAGGCUAAACAUGGUGGGAUGGUAUUCACGGUAGUCUCUGAGAGAAGGGUGCAUGCAUCUGAAUCAACUAUAGGCUCUGAGGAUACGGGACUAUUAAGGAAGUGGUCACUGCGCUCGGUUUGA